AAUCUGUGCCUCGGUGCAUUGGGACCCCUCGCAUCGAAUUACACAAGGCCCAAGCGGCAUCGACUAUAAAAACAGCGGACGAUCUCGGCCAAUUCAAAUUGACACUCUUAUCUCCCAGAACCCAGCAUGCAGCUCUACUUCCUCCCUCUUCUCGCCGCCCUGAGCGCCGUCGUUUCUGCAGCACCAGCUCCUGAACUCGCGGAACGAUCUAUCAAAUGCCUCAAGGUUGGUGCAACCGCUACGGCUACAUGGACGAACGCUGCAGGCAACACAUGUAAAUGGACGGGUGUGGUGGGAAGCAACUUUGGCACAAACAGCGCUAAUGGCGGCGAAUAUUCAUGCAACGGGCGAUGCGGUGCUGGCUGCACCGGAACAGCGUUAGGCAACGUUUACACGCAAGAUUGCUUCUCCCAUGAUAUAUGCUCAUACUUCAACAACGCUAGUGGAGGAGCUAGUGACCCGAAUUGCGGAGCGGCGUACAAUGCUGCUAUCGAUGACACAACUGGAGGAUUACUCGCCGGCUGCUCUCAGACAAACCCAAGUAAUGCGGCCGUCAAGCCGAGCACAUCGCCCACAUGCACAUAGAAGAGCAUAGCUAGAGGUGAUUCUAUACAUGCAGGGCGACAAAAAUUACGGAGUGGAAUAAGGCUCUUGUCAGAAAGUAGUUGAGAGAA